CCAACCACCUUGCAAGAAAUAUUCGGGUGUUCGUAGAUAGACUACUCACCUACCAUAACCCAUUACCCAUACUCAUAUUCAUCACCAAACCAAACCAAACAACCCAAUCCCAAAAGCAAGAAACCAGGAAAUGUUCCACAAGAACCCCACCUCAAGCAAAUAUAAUAAAAUUCUUCGAAGCUAUAAGCGAAAAAAAAGUUCUAUAUUCACAAACCCACCCGCUUAUUUGCCAACAGACGCAAAAUGCGGGGCUACAAUUUCGACCGGAUCCCCUCCAACCGGAACUUCACAUCCUUCAGGACCUUACUGGAGGGUUUCCAUUCGUCGAACUGGUGGAGCAGUUCCAGGGUUUCGGUCGUCAGCUCGCGGCGGACGUACUCCUCCUCGAGGAGGCCGCGCAUGGCGAAGGGGAGGAUGUACGGGUUUGCGGGGGACGGGGGUUGCGUGCGCUUGAUGUCGAGGAGGGUUCUGGUGGUGGCUGUUGUUGUGAGGGGGAGGGCGGUGGUCUGGAGGGCGAAUUGGAUGGCGAGGCUAUUUUGUUUUUUUUCUCGCGGGUUAGUCCGGUUGUUUGCCUAUUUUAUUUGUUGUUUGGGAGGGGGAAGGGACAGCUCAACGGGGGGAGAAGAACGUACCGGUAGACGGCGGGGUCGUCGUAGAGGCGGGAGUGGCCUUCCCCGGUGUAGAGACUGCCGGCUAAUGGGGAGCUGAGUUCGCGGAUGAGGCCGUGGUCUGCGAUGCCGAGGUUGCGGA